GUUAUGGCCCAAAAUAUGGCCCCGGGACUCAACCGGCGGGACUCAAUGAUCCCCUACCCCCUUUUUCUUUUUUCAGAUUAAUUCAACACUAUUUUCAUAAAUUAGAAUGUCUCUCGUUUUUCUACGUGCUCUUUCCUCAAAAUUUUAACAAGGUGAGUCCCAUUAUGUGCCGGAUUAUUUCCCAUUAUGGGCCUAACUAUUUUUGCUCGCAAAACGACUUUUGUAAACUUGCUUUUUAGAUAAUUUAUUUUAUUCAUGACUAAUUAGUCCAAUUUUUUGUCUUUUUUAUAUUUUUGAUUUAAUGAUUAUUUUCUUUAAUUUUUCACUAAUUUAAUUUUUAGGUGCUAUAAAAGUUUAAAUAAAUUUUAUUUUAUCAACAUAUUCUCAUUUUUCUACUUAAGUUUAUGUAAUUAAUGCCAAGAGAGGAAGAGGACGUUUUUGAUAAAGAAAUUUCGGCGGACAGCAGUGAUAAUUCUGACGAAGAUGAAUAUGAAGUUGAAAAGAUAGUCUCUGACGAAUGGGAUGCCAAAAAGCAAAAGCGAUUUUAUUGGGUCAAAUGGGUUGGUUACCCUUCAAGUGCGAAUACUCUUGAGCCGGAAGAAAAUUUGAAAUGUCCAGAAUUAUUGGAAGCUUAUAAGGCUAAAAAGGAGCGAAAACGAAAAGAAGUUUAUGACCAAGACAGUGGAGACGAAGAUUUUAUUGUUCCAGAUGACCAAUCUCCGAUAGUUGACUUAAAAAGUAAUAAAGAGCAUCGCCAUGAGAAAACAGUGAAGAUAAAAAGUGAAAAGAAGAGCACUAAAUAUUCUGAUCAAUCUACUUCUUCAAGCACUUUAAGCCGACUUUUGAAGAAUAUGAAAAGGGACAACAACUUUCCAAGAUCAUCUUAUUCUUCAUCUUUCACACACGAGAGAAAGCAUCGAAUUGAAAAGAAAUCUUCAUCAACUUCGUCAAAAGAUUCUUCACGUUCGUCAAGUUUACGACCAAAUUCUGAAAGUUCGACGCUCAAAAACUUGAAAAAUAAAAGAAAAAAUCUGCCAACGGUGGAUGAAGAGGAAAGUGACAAAACAAUUCCAAAGAAGAAGAAAAUUGAAAAAACUGAAGAAACUGUGAUUGUGAAAAGGAUCAGCUUAAGCCCAACUUCUGAUGAAGAUAGUAACAUUGAUGAAGAAUCUCCCAAAAAACCUUCAAAGGAAACAAAUCAGCAACAAGUUAGUAAAUUAAGGACUUCUUCAAUUAUUCCAAAUUCUUCUUCCUCAUCGUCCUCUUUUGCAGAUUUAUAUCAAAAAUUUAAAAAGAAGAAAAAUGUCGAAGACGCCAAAAAAUUGAAGAAACAAAAAAGUGUAGAAGAAGAAAAAUUAGAAAAGAAAAAGCGAAUGGAAAAAUUAAAAAAAGAAGCUUUACAAGAAUAUUUAUCAAGUCAAAGUGAUACAGAUGAUGAAUUGAGCUUGACAAAUAAUAAUUUGGAAGGAACGACCAAAGUUAAACAAAAGAAGAUAAUUAAUAGUGAAGAUAGCAGUGUUGAUGGUGGUGAAGAAAAUUAUAGUGAAAGACCUGCUAGCGUUAUUUCGGAUGAUAAAGAAAAGGAAGAAAAUGUUGAAAGAGUUGAGAGAACGAGUGAUGACAAUAGUAUUGAUACUUCACCAGAUGAACAACAAUUAAUUUCUGACCACAACGAAAUUGUUGAGGAAGGAAAUGAGAAAAACAACAAUGAAGAGGAAAGAGUGGACGAUGAUUCUGUUAAUGAUGAACUAGUGAAAGGAUUGGAAGAAAUUGAUCGUUUAUUUGAAUAUAAAGUCGAAAACAUUACUGCAACUGAAGAACAAAUGCCAAGACGACAAUUGCUCGUUGAUGGAAAUGAUAGCGAUAAUGGAUCUCAAGAAACAGACCAAAUGGAUUUGCAAAUUCCUCCAACACCAAAGAGUUAUGCUACUGUUGAUUCAUUUGAAGAUGAACAGGAUUUAAGUACAAAUGAUCAAAUGGCUGUUUAUCAAAUGGAAGAGGAAACGAAACGAGGCAAACAAAGGAUGGCAUCUACUUGUUCUUCCACAGUUAACCGAUCAGCCACAAUUCCAUCAACCGCUAGUGAUGAUUUCUAUCAACGUUUGCUUGAUGGAACUAUCGAUGAAUGGGAAAAUCAACCGGAACUGACUGAUGAAAUAUUAGCGAGUAUUCCUAUGGAGGAAAUGGAUAAGCCAGAUUAUGAACCUUUAGAGCCAAUUAGUGUUGAUAGUAUUUUCAAAGGCAAGGUUCGUAUUUUUAAUUCGCCGAACCAGAAGAAUGGAUUUGAUCUCGGAUGGAAGGUGGAAAGUAUUCUUGGAAUGACUGCCGAAGAUGAUAACAUGUGCAUUGUUAAAUUUAUUGGAUUUAGCACUCCUCAGAAGCUUCCUUAUGAAUUGGUUCGAGAACAUGCUUUACAGGACUAUUUUAUGUAUCGUCAGUGGAUUGGAUGUAAGAUUAAUCCAACGAUGAGAGGUGCUUACUGGGAUAAAGAAUUGCUUAAUCCUUCUAGUUGGAUGACAGAAAAAGCGUUGACAUCAUUUAAGCAGUGGAAAGAAGAGGCGGCGCGUAAUAUUAAAAAAUAGGUUUAAUUGUUUGUGCUUUAUUUGACACUUAAAGAUGAUAUCCCAGUUAAUAAUGAUAUUUAUGUGUGGUUAGUAUUUAAAUGUUAGGUAUAUUUGUUUGUUUUUAUGUCUGAAAAAUAAAUUUUUAAAGUUUUUCACGUUUUCUAGUUUAAUUAGGAAUAGGUAAGUCUAGUAUUUUUUAGUAUUUUAUCCACAAGAGAAAAUAACUUCAACAACAAAAUUUAAUAUCAUUAAUCACAUCAACUAGAAAUUUUUAAAAUUAAAAAAAGAUGAAUUUAGAAUAAUAAGAGAGAGAAAGGGGAAAAUUAAUUUUUCUAGUGAUAGAUCUAACACAAAUUGAAGGGCUAAAACAACAAUUGAGAAUAAAAAAGUGAAAGCUUGUGAAGAUGUUAGAAAUGUUCUUUUUAAAAAUAGAAAGAUUUUGUGUGAUAUUUUUGGAAUAUUUUUAAGAAAAGAGAAAAAAAUCAGGAAAAUAAAUGUAUGAAGAAAUUAAACAUUGUUGAAAGCAACGCGCAAAUGUUUGUUUUCGAGAGAAAAAAAAUGUUGAAAAAGAUUAAAAUUGGUAAAGGAAGGAAGAAACUUGUAAAUUU